AUGGCACAGCAAGAGCUGUGGAGCAGAGACAGUCAGUGCCUUAAAGAAGUUAUUGAGCGUCUUACUUCUGAAGAUGUUCAACAGAGAAGAAAUGCAGUUGAUGUUAUAUCAGAAGUCAUACAUUUGUCUUCAGACUCAAAAAACGUACAUACCCAGCUAUCAUGGCAGGAUAUAGCAAAGCACUUGCUUGUGCUACUUGAAGAUGAAGAUAUUGCAAUUAAGGAACAAGCGUCCAGUUUGCUUCCAUUAAUUGACCCUUCAUUAGUUCUACCUGCUUUAGUUAAUCUGAUUUACUCCGGGGAUGAAAGAUUGCAAGCAACUGCCAGUGAUGCUUGUGUUGCGGUGCUCAAAUAUUAUAGCCAGAAGGCUGAAGUCAUUUGUAUGCUUGACUGUCUUAGUAUUCUGAUUAUUGCUUCUAUCAUGUACUAUUCCAAUAUGGUCUCCUGUUUGAAACUUGCAGGAUCCAAAUUGGAGAGCGAUCGAGUGCUUAGGCUAAUCCCAGAGUGGUCUAAAAGUGUCCAAAGCUGGAACCUCUUGAUUGAACCACUGAUUGACAAGAUGUUUGCAGAGCCAUCAAACGCAAACAUUGUUAGGUUUUUGGGUCAUAUAAGUGAGCACCUGGCAGAUGCUGCUGAUGUAGUGCUCUCUUGUGUUCUAAUGCAUGCUAAACGACUUAAAGAGAUGGAUGACAGCAGCUUCUCUAGAUUGGAGUGUCAGACCCAUAAAAGUGAUGACUCCGGAACAAUGCAACAGACCCUUUUUGAACACCUUUGCCCAUUGCUUGUAAUUAAGAUGAUUCCGCUGAGAGUAUUUAAUGAUCUCGAUUCAGCUGUCAUGUAUGGCCAACUUGCCAAUGAAGAAAUUGUUCAUGACUGUCGAGAUAUCAAUGCCAUCAAUCUGGAUUCUGUUACCUCUCUUCUUUUGAAAAGGACAUUUUGCAAGUUUGAAUUCAACGAUGUUCGGAAACUUGCUACUGAGCUCUGUGGGCGUAUUCAUCCUGAAGUGCUAAUUCCACUCAUCAGCUCCCAGUUAGAAUACGCUGCUGUUUCUCAGGAUAUAAUGAAGAUUAAAGGUUGUUCAUUUGCAAUUUGCACGUCCCUUGUGGUUAGAGGUCACAAAUCACUUUCUCAUCCUGGUAUGUUGAUAAUUAGAAAAACAUUAGAGACUAUGCUAAUGUGGCCUUCUGUGGAUGGGGAUGAAGUUUCCUGAAUACAGCAUGGAUGUAUUGAUUGCAUGGCAUUAAUGAUAUGUGCCGAGCUGCAAGAUCCAAUAUCAUCUGACAUUGUUGGGACAAAAAAAUAUCUUGGCAAUGCUACAUUGAAAAACUCUGUCCUCACCUACGUGAUCAACCAGCUAACAGAAGAUAAAGACACACCUGUUUCAAAGUCCAACUUGGAUGAUGUGAAAUGCACGACUGAGGUGCCAGUUCCAAUCUCAUUUUACCUAUGCAUGGCUAAUGUUCUCAUCAGUGCUUGCCAAAAGAUAUCAGACUCUGGCAAGAAACCUUUUGCUCGAAGAUCUCUUCCCCGUCUCAUUCGUGCCGUCGAGGUGAUUACAAAGUCAGAGAUCAGAGCUGCAUGCACUCAAGGUCUCUUCUCAGCUGUGUACCAUCUGAAUCUAUAAUUCUUCCUUACUCCAUGGAUCUUCUUAAAGUCUCAAUCAAAGCUCUUCAAAAGGGAUCAGAGAAGGAAAGGAUGGCAGGCGCGAAGCUAAUGGGGUCCCUUAUGGCUAGUGAUGAUGCAAUCAUACAAAGUAUAUCAGCGGGAUUAAUAGAAGCAAGAUCUGUACUGUUGAGUAUAUCUUCGACAGAUCCUUCACCUGAAUUACGUCAAGUCUGCAAAAAGUUGCUAGCAUGCCUAACUUCUUGAGAUGGUGCCUAGGAUUAUAGACAGUGCGCUUUGUUUUUCUUUUCGGUAGGUGUAUACAUAAUGUACAAUAAUGUACAGCCGCUAUUGUUUUUUUCAAAUCGACGCAAUUGCUGAU